ACAAUAAAUAAUUUCUGGAGACCGACGCAAGAGUAGUAAUAAAUAAAUAAUUGCAAAAUUAGGAAAUAAGGAUUAGCUUCCCCGAGUUUGCCACAGAACUCCACUUUUUCGCCGAUUCUCUCCCUCUAGGGUUUCCGACGAGGUCAUAAAUUCUUAGCUCUGGUUCCUUUUCCUUCCCUUCUCCUUUUCCUCCUCCAAAGCUCUCACCUUUCCGUCAUUAUUUCAUUCAUCGCCAUUCUUUACAAUUGAAUUCCACCAUUUCCGUCUUUUUAGAUUUCUGAAACUGAAGAAAAUAAACAAUCGGAUUCUUCAAAAGACGAUUCUCAAAAGCAAAGAAGACUCACCUGUUUUUCGGCAGACUCAGGAAUUCAAGUUUAGAAGAAGAAUUUUAACCGAUUUGGUAGGCAUCGUUUGUAAGAAUGGCAACUGAUCGGGAUGGCUCGAACGGCCUUAAUCACGACGUGUUAUUAGAGAUUACGACACGUUUGGACGAUCCAUCUGAUAUUGGUAGUGUCUUUUCUGCCGUCCCCGGUCUGUUAAAUGGGGCGAUUGAUAAUCAUUUUGCCAAGACUUGGUGCUUGAAAAAGUUUCCUCAAUUAUCUAGAGUUGAUCAUGUUGUUGAAGAUUGCUGCAUCCCAAGAAAACUUCAGGUGGAAGCUGGAUCUGGUAACAUGGAACGGGAAACUUUGAAGGGAGAGCACAGAGUCUAUUCCCUUCUGGCUCGAGGUUGUAUGUCUUCUGCUGAACUAAAAGACUGCAUCGCAAGAGCAAUUAUGGCUUCAAGCACUGAUCAUUAUCCAUUGGAAAGCAUAGAAAACACUUUGGAAGAAGGAGUGGCAUGGAGACCUUCAUACUGGUCAAGUGAAGGUCAAAUUAGCCCUGCAGUCCCUGAAACGCUAACUUACAAAUUGGUAGCUGAUUUGUGCGUUAUUACUGAAAUCAGAAUAAGACCCUUCCAAGCUAAUUUCGAGCCAGGUUCACCAAUAUUUUCUGCAAAAUCUGUACUAUUCCGAAUGGGUCAUUCUCUGGGUGACGAUUAUGUGUGGACUUACAUUUCAGAACAGUUUCCAAUGGAUCAGGUGAGUUCAAGUAGCUCAAUUGCACUGAUUGAAAUGGAUUACUAUUUCUCAGUUAGUUGUGAAAGUGUGGCUCGUGUUCAAGUUGUUGGACGCCCGUUGUCUCUAUUUGGAGUUGAAAUCCGUGAGGACUCUGAAAAGUUUGUGUUGAAGGCUUUGAGUUGUACACACCCUCCAUUACCUGAAGAAACUCGGGAAGAUGAUUCAGCACAGGGUUUGGAUUGCGAUGUUGAUUCAGCACAGGGUUUGGAUUGCGAUGUUGAAGGCUUAAAUCAGGGAAGAAGGUUCGGCAUAGGGAUGGCAAUGGGUCUCCACAGGGGCAGGGAUCCCCUAUCCAUCCCCAUCCCCGCUCUGAGUUGUACACACCCUCCCUUACCUGAAGAAACCCGGGAAGAUGAUUCAGCACAGGGUUUGGAUUGGGAUGUUGAAGGCUUAACCCAGGAAAGAUGGUUCAGCAUAGGGAUGGCAAUGGGUCCUCAUAGGGGCAAAGACCCCCUCCCCAUCCCCAUCCCCGCCAAUGGUGGGUAUGGGGAUUUCUGUAGGAAUCUUUGGCGGAGGGUCAAAAAUUGCUUUCGUCCCCGUACCUGCAAGAAAUAAUAGGUCCCGGUGAGUAUUCGGAGUCCCGGCCAAAUAAAAUUAUUGAUGAGUUGAAUUUGUAUACAUAUUAAUGUGGAAUUAUUGCCUUGAUAUUAUUGAUAUUUGGAUGAGUUUUAUGGGAUUUUUCUUAAUUCUACAUAAAUCUCAUUUUUUGUGCAGAAUAGGACUUAAAGGCAUGAUAAUAGGAGUUUUGGGAUUAAUUGAACAUCUUAUGCAAGUUGAGGGACUGAAUUGUGAGAAGAAGGGUGGCUGUUUGGGACCUAAAUGAAUGAAUCUUGAGUUUUGGGAUUUAGGUGCUCAUUGUAUAAAAGAUGGAGGAUCAGAUCUGUUAUUUUACCAUGGAAGAAAGUGUAGAACGAGACCAGAAACUCAACACGGGUGUAGUGUCGGCACAUAAUAUGGGUGUCGAUACCAUGCAUUAAGCGUCCAGAAUCAGACUUUCUGUUUUCUGUUUUGUGUCGACACAGAAUUUAAGGUAUCAGCACUAUACAUUCACCGUCCAAAAUUCAAGUUUCUUAUUCUGUUUCAAAUCUCACUUUUAUUCUAAUUAGGGUUUCUAAAACCUUAUAAAUACCCAUCAAAAUUUAGAGAGCUUUACGAGGCUCCUGGCAGUCCUCUUUUGGGCAUUCUUGAAGAUUAAAAGAGAGGAUUCAAC